GGGAGCUGGAGCUACAGUGCAGCGCAGAGUACAGACAGACAGACAGUUAACACAGGUCAGGGCACCUUGCGCGCACGACUGCUGUAUGUACGCGUAAUGGCGCGUUUGUGCCCUCUCACUUUAUCUUCAAGCGUCUCCCAGAAACGCAGUUAAAGGAUUUGUUUGGACUGCGCGUCAGAGGCUCGCACAACAACAUCAGAACACCUGAGAUCUGAUGCUACCUGCCAUCACCAUGGAAACAGAGGCCAGUCACAUGCUCGAGGCGGCACUGGAGCAGAUGGACGACAUCAUUGCAGGUUCAAAAGCAGCAGCGAUGGAGUUCUCUAACAGCAUGUAUGACCUGGGUUCCCCCGUCAGUGCUGGACCGCUGCAGGUCCUUCAGUUAGCUGAGGACCUCAAACUUUCCUUGGAGCUUCGACCCAGCCAGGAGGAGCGAAACAGCCUCCGAGCACAGCUGCCUGCAGAGACGGCGCAGGCUCUUGUAGACUGGCUGCAGAGCGGAGCUGUGAACCUCUGUUCUCCAGCCAACAAUGAAACUUACCAAGAACGACUGCUUCGCCUAGAGGGAGACAAGGAGUCUCUGGUGCUACAGGUGAGCGUUCUGACCGACCAGGUGGAGGCUCAGGGAGAGAAGAUCAGAGACCUAGAAAGUUCUUUGGAGGAACACCGCCAGAAACUGGCCUCCACUGAAGAAAUGCUCCAACAGGUAAAACACCGUUUAUAAACCUGUCACAGAAAAAUGUUGAACAGAUGAAAUAUUAUUGUUUGCGUGUCGCUUGAUCCACCCUGGAGGGAUUCUGAUGCAACAAUACAGACAAUAUGGCAAGAAAAUGGCAUUUGUAGUAAUAGACUCUGCAUAAAAGGUGGACAUGGCCUUUGUGGUUGCUGGAUGUCAUUGUUAGCGUUUUGGCUAACACUGUGGCUCAGCUAAAGGCAGCAAGCUUGGCUAGCAGAGAGUGAAAUCACCUGUAAAAUUUAGAUUUCACCACUAACUUCAGGACUUUUAACAAAGGAGCCAGUGGUAAUGGUGACUCACUUUGUGGAACUAGCCUCAAGUUGAUUUUAGAUGAGCUGCAGUUUGUUUGGUCCUCUGUACUAGUUUAAUUUCAAUCAAUUAAGAAAGCUGUUUUAACCCUUUAAAACUGGUCGGAGCGGGCAC